CAAUAUGCGCUCAGAAAUGAACGCAAUGACAUAAACGAACCCCAGGAACUAUUCAAGGCAAACCUGCCCAUUUGAGCAAAUCAAGAUGGUUUUAGAAAGUAUUUCAAAGAUAAUAAAAGUCCAGCUUCCAGCCUACCUCAAGAGGCUUCCGCUACCGGAGACGAUCGGUGGAUUUGCAAGGUUAACAGUGUCUGAGUGGCUCCGGUUGUUGCCACUCCUGGGUAUCCUGGCUUUGCUGGGCUAUCUGACCAUUCGCCCAUUUCUGCCUAAGAAGAAGAAGCAGAGAGACAGCCUGAUCAACCUGAAGAUCCAGAAAGAGAACCCCAAAGUUGUCAAUGAGAUAGACAUCGAGGACCUGAACAGUGCAAAUGUGUGUUACUGUCGCUGCUGGCGCUCCAAAACUUUUCCUGUUUGUGACAAGUCACACUUAAAGCACAAUGAGCUGACUGGAGACAACGUGGGACCGCUCAUACUCAAAAAGAAGAUACUAUAAUCAACCGCUAAUGGGAGUUAUCUUCUCACCUCCCCAGUCUUUAGUUUUCAUUUCUUAACAGUCUGUAGUUUUGUUUAUUUUUUUUUCGAUCUUGGUGUCAUGUUUAUGUUGGUCAGAAAAAUGAACUUGAGUCUUUAUUUGAAAUGGUCCUAACACAUAAAAAUACACAUUUCCACAGUCUCACUGUGAGAAAACUGUAUAUCAGGUUCUUUGAUGGCAUUGUGCAGUUAGGACGGGUUUCUUUUUGUUUUUUUAUGGUCAUUUUCGUUGGUUAUCAGAACAGCCUUUCUAUAUGACUGUAAAUUCAACUAUGGUCAUGUCUCAAUCUAGUUGGAAUCAAUGACAAAGCAUUGGGACCACUUUGAGCGGAAAACUUGAAACAUAAUCUCAGUUAUGUUGACUUUCAGUAAUUUGAACCCUUCAGGGGAAACAUUAAUUCCUAGUUAAAUGGUUGUUUAAAUGAAAUACUUAAUACUUGUCCAACCUGUCAUCAUCAUUUUGCACUGUAUGUUUUCAGUUUGGACGAUUCUUUCGUUAUUUAACAGCCAGUCUUUUUUUUUUUUUUAGCUCUCUUUCUCUUGCUUCAGAUUUUCUGUGUGCCAAAUAUUAACGUACUGUCAGGAUGUGAAAUACUCUCUUAUAAGUUAUUGUGUGUAUGGGAGGCUACUUAGUAUUCUUCAGUAUAUUUUUUUUCAUAGCCUUUAAACAUUUUGAGUUUUACAUUUUCUAUUGAACUCUGUUGCCUUCAAACAUUUUGAAUCAUAGCGCAGUUGAGUAAUAUCCAGUUAUAUACAGUUUUAACCUCACUACCCUACUGAGGUUUGACAAUGUAACUUAUGCAGCAAUAUUUUUGCUGUGUACCGUUAUUUUUUUUGCCUCUGUAUUGUCAGAAUGGCUGUAUAUAGUUGACUUCCUGCUGGAGCAUUUCCUUUUCAAUUCAUCAGAAAUAUUUUAUACAUUAAUGGUUUGUAUUGUCUGAUCUAUAUUUUCAUGAUGAGUGACUGUGUGUUGAUGAACCUUUGUAAGAUAACGGCUGGAAUUCAUUCAUUCUGCAUUUGAAAUGUAAAAUUUGCAAAGGGUAAGUCAGGGUGUUUAACUCAACAGUUUUGGCAAAAACACAACCGCUGCUUCAUUCCCUUCUUUCACUGUUACAGCUGGGGAACACUUCACUUCCGUUCCUACUACAAAAAAGUGUAAAUGAAUGAAAGGGGAAACAGAGUACACUCCUUUCUAAAUGUGUCUGUCACUUAUUUUUUCCAGGAUAACUUUUACUCGUUAUUAUGUUUUAUGUUAUUCUCUUAGUUUUUCUCGUUUAAGUAUUUCAUAAACUUUAAGUGAGUCAGUCACUAAGUAAAUUGUGAAAAGAAUUUAACAAUACAGCAAUACCUACUAAAACAAACACAAGUAAUAAUUACCUCUGCCAGGGUGGUCAUGUUUUCACCUGACAUUUGGAGGACAGGCGUUAUGAGUAUUUUAGUCAUAUUUAUUUACAGACCGAUGGGAAUAUUGUCAGUUCAACUAUUGUGGUCAAGAAAUCAAUUCAACACUUCAAAUGUAUGAUGUCUGUAGGAAGCCAUUUGGUGAGUUCAUCAGUACUGGUGGGUGCAUGCACUGAGUUUUCCAGGUAAAAAAAAAACUAACUGAAUCCUAAACUUGCUCAGAUGAAUUAAGGUUCACCAACUUGAAGAAAUGUACUUUACAUAUAGCCACAAUAAAAUUCAAGAGGUGGACAAUUCUUGGUAUUCUUUUUUAUUGUUUUAACAAUAUCUGGUGAAAAACUAUUACUCAAUGCUGUAAAAUUUCAAAUAAUUGCUAAUAGUUGUUUCUCAUUAUCAAGACAAACAGCUAAUACAUAUUGUAAUAAAAAAUACGCAAAAUACACAAAACACAUAGCUGCAAAAAUGUACUGAGUGCAAAACAACUAAAAACUUAAAUGUGUGUUAAAUGUGUAGUCUAAUUUAAUACAAAAAAAAAAAAAAAAACUGCUACUGUCAGUACAUUCAAUUACGUACUCCUCCAAAGGAAAUGGCUUAUAAUAAAAUACAGCAUUAUCACCUUUUCAAGUUCAGAUACAGUGAAUAGUUUAAAGAGAUGUCAUAAAAAAUGGGAAAUGGCCAAAUAUAGGAUUCAAUGAAUAUGACAGGUGGGAACAAUAGCCACCUUAACAAAAAUGUAAACCAUACUCACCCGCACUGAUAUAUAUAUUAUAUUAUAUAUAGAUGCAUAUAUAAACGUUCAUUUGGGAUCAGAACCAAAACCACCCGUUGUAUACUGUACAUACAGCAUGACAGUGCAGAUGCUUGGAUGUGGGUCAUUUGUUUGCAGCCUGAGACCUGGAAACCACCAGAGCCUAUAAAUACAGUAUGAUUCAUGUGUUCCUGCAGCAUGGCAAAGCAUGAGGAGCUGACCAGCAGAUGGAGAGACAAAGAGAGCCACUCGGUGGCUAAAAGAAAGCUCAAAUAUCCGAGGUGUGAAUGCACACCGAAAGUCUCAUUAAAUGUCCUCGCUUGCUGGAUGAAGACAGGUGGUGUCAGAGAGUACUUUCAUAGGUGAUGGGAGUUUCACUAUCAUCUUCACCUCCCGCUGCAGUGCCU